GGCGGCCGCACCACACCCACCCGUUCCGGCGCGGCGGCAUCUCUCUCUCACUCUCUCUCUCCUCCUCCUCCUCCUCUCUCUCUACGGCGAGGCGGCGGCGGCGGCGGCGGGAUGGUGGGCUCGGCCGCGUACUCCGCCGCGUCGACCGUCGUCGUGGUGAUGGCCAAGGGCAAGGGGAAGGGCGGCAAAGGCGGCUCCUCCGGCGCCCACAAGGUUUCUGAGCGACGGCCUCCUCGGAUCACUUCCAAUGUGAAGCAGAGCCUGAGGAUUCUAAAAUUUUGGAAGGAUUAUGAAAGAAGGCAAACAAGUGGACCUCAGCCUGCUACUCGUUACCGCAAAAAGAAAGUGAUAAAAGAAGUGCUUCCUGAUGACACAGACUUCUAUGAGGACGCUUCUUCCACUCUUCACUACACAAAUCAGGGUUUGGAAAUUGCAUCCCCAGUUAUUCUUGUGGAUGGUUAUAAUGUAUGUGGCUACUGGGGAAAGCUUAAGAAGGACUUCAUGAAUGGAAGGCAAGAGAUUGCAAGACAAAUGCUCAUUGAUGAGCUGGUAUCUUUCAGUGCAGUAAGAGAAAUAAAAGUUGUGGUAGUAUUUGAUGCUGCAGCCUCUGGGCUUUCUACACAUACAGAAACUUAUAAAGGGGUUGAUGUGGUGUAUUCUGGUGACUUAUCUGCUGAUUCUUGGAUUGAGAAGGAGGUUGAAGCUUUGGUGGCAGAUGGAUGUCCAAAAGUCUGGGUUGUAACAUCUGAUGCAUUGGAGCAACAAUUGGCACAUGGAGAAGGUGCUCUUAUUUGGAGCUCUAAUAGAUUGGUCAAAGAGAUAAAAGAAUCAGAAAAGGAGCUUGAUGAAGAGCUGAAGGAAACAAGGUCAACAUCGUUGCAAGGGAAGCUUUUUCAGCACAAGCUGAAACCUAAAGUAGUUCAUGCAUUGAAAGAUCUCCGGAAUAAGCUUGAAGAACAAGAGCGGGGAAAGAGGUGACUACAUGCUGGAUGGCAUGAACAUGGAGUUGUAAAAUGGCUGACAAGCGCACCUGCAUUGGAUCCGUAGGCAGGGCUGAUUUAACAUGGUGAGGGCAUUGAUAUGAUGUAAUAUAGGAUCUGGGUUUUUGUAAUGACCCAGUUUGUGCUUUGUGGAGAGAGGCUGAGGUAGGCUAGGCAUGCUUUGCAUCAGAAAUUCAGAACCUUGCAGCUCCAGAGAAGAAAGUUACGAGCUGUACAGUAAUGUAAAUAAUAUCAGCAGAUUCCUCUUGAUUAAUCUUGCAGAAGCUCUCUUGCGUGGAAGAUCAUUGUACUUUAUUCUUUUUGAUUUUUUUAAGGAUACGAGAGAGGAAGAAUACGUGUAUGUAUAUAUGAUUCUGGAUUUCAAUGAAUGUUA